AGUAGUACAAGAUAAUUAUUCUUGCUUUCCACUUUUUGUCAUGCAUUGCUUCCAGUUACAUAAGGCAACCGUCCCGAGAAUCAAGACUGGCACGCCGCGUCUCGCUCCCCGCACUGCACUGUGUUGACAUUGCAUCGGCGAGCUUGUGUAAAGGUGGAGGAGGAUGCUGAGGGCGCGCCAGGCUGCCAGGGGGUGGCGGGGAAUGAGAUGGCACAGUGCCGCAUCAGUGCCUUCAUUUGACGUGGUGGUAGUGGGCGGUGGGCAUGCAGGUACCGAGGCGGCGGCGGCGGCGGCCAGGAUGGGGGCCAGGACACUGCUCAUCACCCACAAGAAGUCCACCAUUGGGGAGAUGUCUUGCAACCCUUCCUUCGGUGGCAUUGGCAAGGGGCAUCUGAUGAGGGAGGUGGAUGCUCUUGAUGGCUUGUGUGCGCGUGUGUGUGAUAUCUCCGGUGUACACUACAAGGUGCUGAACAAAAGGAAGGGGCCUGCAGUAUGGGGCCUUCGUGCCCAGAUUGACCGCAGCCUGUACAAGCACCACCUUCAGAGAGAGCUUUUCACCACCCCUAACCUCACCAUCACUGAGGGCACUGUGGAGGACCUCUGGGUGACUGAAAGUGGUGGUGGUGGUGGUGGUCAGAAGGAAGUGCCGGGUGGCCUGGUGGCAGAGUGCCGCGGUGUUGUGAUGGGAGACGGGCAGGCCAUUGGCAGCAGCAGUGUCGUUAUCACCACCGGCACCUUUCUGAGAGGUACCAUCAACAUCGGCCUGGAGACUCGACCCGCUGGCAGGAUGGGAGAUGAGCCAGCUGUGGGUUUAGCUAAGACACUGGAGAAGCUGCAGUUCAGACUAGGCCGCCUCAAGACUGGCACACCACCCCGGGUAGCUAAGAACACUAUAGACUACUCCCAGUGCAUCAUACAGGAGCCUGACCAUCCCCCUGUGCCGUUCUCCUUCCUGAACACAGAGGUGGCCAUCAGGCCAGAGGAGCAGCUGCCAUGCCACCUCACCUACACCAGCCUGGAGGUGGAGCAGCUGGUACGUGACACUCUCCACCAGAACAGACACGUCACAGAGGAAACCACAGGGCCCCGUUACUGCCCCUCCAUAGAGUCUAAGGUCCUCAGGUUCCCUGGGCGGCGUCACCAGGUCUGGCUGGAGCCAGAAGGGUGGGACGCUGGGGAGGGGGCGCGGGUAUAUCCUCAGGGAGUGUCCUGCACCAUGCCCGCCCCACAGCAGCAGGCCCUUCUCAGGCUGAUCCCUGGCCUGCAGCACUGUGAGAUGGUGUGUCCAGGCUAUGGGGUGGAAUAUGACCACAUAGACCCCCGCGAGCUGACCCCCCAGCUGGAGACGAGCCGUGUGUCGGGUCUCUUCCUGGCGGGGCAGGUCAACGGCACCACAGGCUAUGAGGAGGCGGCGGCGCAGGGGGUCGUCGCUGGGGUCAAUGCUGCUGCUAAGGCAUUUCACAGGGAGGGCCUCACUGUAGACCGCACUGAGGGCUACAUAGGUGUACUGAUUGAUGACCUGACCACCCUCGGCACCUCAGAGCCUUAUCGCAUGUUCACCUCUCGUGCUGAGUUCAGGUUCCUGCUGCGACCUGACAAUGCUGACCUCCGCCUCACUGAGAAAGGAUACCAGGUAGGCUGUGUGUCAGAGGAGCGCCACAGGGUCACAGAGCACACACGCCAGCAGUUGUCAGAGGCAGUGAACAUGUUGAGGGAGGAUGUGAGAAGCUUCAAGGCAUGGGCGAGACUUCUGGGCCGCCCUGUACCCAAGCCAGCCACUUUGAAGAGUGGCUUGCAGUUCUUGGGCAUCAAUUCCUGGAACAUCACACUGGAGGAAAUAGCUCGAGCAGACCCCAAGUACAAGCCCUUUUGCAGCGACCCAAGGCUGGCAGAGAGGGUGAAGAUCGAAGCUGUGUAUGAUGAGUUUAUAGCAGCACAGAGGGAGGAGGUGGAGGCUGUAAGGAGGGACCACGCUCUCAUCAUCCCUGCUGAUAUUGAUUACUAUGAUCGCUUGCUGAACUUGUCAAAUGAGGUGCGAGGGAAGCUGCAGCAAGCCCGGCCAGCCACAGUGGCCGCCGCCUCACGGCUGGAGGGCAUCACCCCGGCUGCCCUCUUACACCUUAUGCGUUUCGUCAAACGUAAGGACAACAAAUACUCGGAUCUCCUGUAGGAGGAAGACCUGUCACCCGUGAUCUGUGAAUCUCCUGUUGCUUCCCCUUAAGGGCUGCUUAUAUACAAAUCUACAGUACUUUUGUCACAAUUUCGUCCUUGUCCUUGUUUUGUAUCAUCAUCAUCAUCACCAUUAUUAUUUAUUAAUUUACUAUCUAUAGUUAGUAGUGUGGUGUAAAUAUGUACUGAUAAAUUAUUUGAGUUGUUACAUGUACAGUGUUAUAUUUUAUUCUUCAUUUUCGCAUUUUUUCGUCGCAAUUUGUGUGUAAUAAUUGAACUGUUCACGCCAGAUUUCCUGAAGCAUUAAAUCUCUGGAUGAAUAUGUUUGAUAAACGAUAAACGAUUUUUUUUUUAUAGUGUUUUCAUGACCUCAGCUUACGAAAGAGGGGCACUGACCAAGGAAAACACGCACACAGGCGCCUGCGAGCCAAAUGAAUGAUCUUGAAAUCUGUGACCUGCUAGAACGUGGCUCCUAUUAAACAAACAUGGGUGGUAAAGAAACAAAUUUUCUUUAGUCCUUGAGAUAUAUUACGCAAAUUACUUUCGCUUAUUGUAAAAUAAGUAUUCUUGUAAUCUCUUCAGUUUUAAGACUGCCGAUUUUUCGGAACGCUUGCAUCCUGUUUUUCAAGAGUGCCACAAGUGUCGGGUUCCCAUGGCUGUCUUUCCUAUUGAUGAUGAAGAAUCCAUAAAAAAAAAAAAAAAUAAAAAAUAAAUAAAUAAAAAUGUCUCGUGAAAACAUCCUCGAACAUCCUCAGUAAGGCACGCAAUUAUGUAUUCAAUUAGAUAAACGAUAAUGCCGUCACGGAGACAAGGUACGUAUGAAUAUAGCAUCCUUGUGAAUUGUGUGAUGUAUUCUGGAAACGAACGAAAAUGAGUAUUAUUCCUAAAACAUGACUAUACUAUAGUGAUGGCAAUAUCCUCUCCAAUUCUGAAAUCUGCUUUCUGUAUAACUUUUUAUAUAGAUAAUACAGAAAACAAUAUGACCAUAUACGACUCUAAUAUACAGAUAAUGCUAAGUUGUAGAUCAUUAUACAGAUAUGAGGGUUUUCCUACCAUAGAAUUAACUGUCUGGAGGUCUGUGGCAUUUUUUCCUUCCCUUCGCACGUCUCGCGGCAGCUGGAGCAGGAGAGACGGAGAGACAGAUCAACUUGCACUCCCUGCAGAAGACACGGUUAGAAGUGUAGGUCAGGAUCAGGACUCCCACUGACCUAUCAAAGAAGUAUAUCCGUGUAGACUCCGUGUUUACCUCUUGGCUUCCUUGACCUGCCUCUCAAGAUGGUUGGCGUGAGUAAAAUGCUCCGGCAAAGGAGAAAGAAUGCUAUAAAAGCCAGCCAAGAAGCCAAGAGGAGGAGAGAGGCGAGGCUGAGAGGUCUGGUGGUGACUCAAGACGCCAGGGCAGCCUCCUCGCCCCCCGCCACAGACACCACGGAGGAGGGAACCCUGUCUUCCCUGCCUGACAGUGAUCGCUCAGCCUCGCCAGACAAUACACCAGUCAGCAGUGCCGAGGAAAACACACCUGUUAACCGUGCCGGGGGAAAUACAACAGCUAGGGCCGCAGAGAGCCCUGUCAAGAGUGAGAGGGAGGUGGGCGAGGCAGUGGAGGACACAGAGUAUGUCAUCAUUGGGAAGAACUAUCUGACGCAAGUGGUGUCCAAGCUUGCCUGUGGUCAGUGCCUCAGGAAACUAAGUGUGACAUUCGUGCAGAAGGGUUUGGACUGCAAGCUUGACAUGCAAUGUGAGCAGUGCGGGGGUAUAGGGAAUACAGAAAUAAGUGAAACGCCAGUGACAAACAUGGUGGUGUACAGUGCCUUGCAGAAUGGUAUUGGAUAUAAAAGUUUGCACAAUUUCGUGGCAAACUUGGGCAUGACGCCGUUUGGGAAUAAUUUUGCCGGAGCCCCGAGGAAGGGGAGGAAGAGGAGGAAGGCUGCUGCCACGGACGACUACGCAGAAGAUGACUUUUAGACAAGUGCCCUGCUGCAGGACAAUCAUCAAAGCUUAAAUAUCAUAUAUUUUUAGUGUUUGUGUUCCUUAUUGGGGAUGUACCUUCAUUAUAUUGUUCAAUCAAAUCUUAUUACUUCUUUGUUGAAAGCAAAACUAUUUUUUAUAUGAAAUAUAAUAAAUGCAUUUACUUUUA